GGCGCCAGAGCCAGGCCCGGCUGGUCUCCCCCGCAGGAAGUGCGAGACCUAACUCACACGUGUGUGAGUUUGUGUCUGGGCUGCAGUUUCUCUCUUCGGGAUGUCUCGGCGCCGGCAAAGAAGCAGACCCGACCCGGUCCUGAUGGACCAGGGUUCGGAUCCGUCAGAGACGAGAGACUCCGGAUCCGAGCUGGAGGAAGGAGUCGGGGUCAGGACUCGUAGCGGCCGCCGGACUGGAGCGCAAAGCACCGCCGCUUCUCAGACCCCUGCAGCCCUGACGGGCAGAACCGGCAGUACUCGGCACCUGAGGGCGGUUCGGAACUCGGAGUCUGAUGAAGCGGCAGAUCCGGGUUCGGAACCGUCAGGGGAGGAGGCGGAAUCGUGUACUGGUUCACAGGCCCCCGUCUCAGCAGGGGAGUGUAACGUGCGGGGAGCGGACAGUGCCCGAACCGGGGAUUCCGGACCCGGAGCGAAGAGGCGAAAGGGCGAGCCGAGCUCUGGACCGACUGGACGGAGAGAGCAAGAACCGAACUCGCCAGGAGCAGCGGACGGCGGAGACGCCGGUAGUAAGUGCCUUCCCACCGGCGCGCAGACAGAGACAGCCGACUGCCGCUCGCGUCCCGACGGCACCAGCGAGAAGGAGAACCGGGCAGGCGGCUCGGAGAAACGGGUCGAGCCCAACGGGCUGGAGAGGACUCCGGCAGCGGACGCAGCAAAGGAGACGGCUGGCUCGAAGCUGAAGCCCAGCCGAGGAAAUGGAGCGGACCAGGUGGCGGUGCCGCUCGGCAAGCCCAAAUCCGGACGGGUGUGGAAGGAUCGGAACAAACAGAGGGAGAGGAGGAAACGUCAGGAGGAGAACCAGAAGAGGCGUUUGGAGAACGAGAGGAAGGCCGAGAUUGUUCAAGUGAUCCGUAACCCCGCCAAGAUGAAGAGGAUGAAGAAGAAGCAGCUCAGAAGAAUAGAGAAGAGAGACACUCUGAAGCUCCUCCAGAAGACUCAGAAGAGGGCGGAACCCAAGAGCUCUGGUCCUGUAGCCAAGGGGGACCUCUGAGGAGGGCGCGUGCACACUGCGCGCCAGAGGAAGUGGCAUGUCUUCCCAUCUAUUGUCCCUAAUCCCUCUGUUUGGAUCUGGACUUCUGAACAUCUCACAGGGGACGCCGAGAAAAUCAUGGACCUGUGCUGGUGAAACUUUUCUAUUUGACAUUAAAUAAUCAAAGACUUUGUUCAUU